AUUGUGUAAAAUCAACAGCCUUUUUCCUGUUGUUUCCGUAUUCCAUGGUAUAUUAGGAGUUUUUGAGCAGACUUCUGAGAUCUGGAACGCAACCCAAGCUGGUGGUACGGAAAAACACCCUAUAUUCAAAGUAAAAAGAGAGAAAAAAAAAGAAAUUGGGGCAUGAGUGUUCACAGAAUAAUUGGGAUAGUGGUGGUUCACAGUUCUGAUUCCUGAGUAGGGCAUCAAUGCCCUUUUUAGUCACACCCCCAGAGCCUGUGAAACUGAUGAUACUGCUGAUCAACCCUGCCGACCUCCUUUUGACUCCACGCACACACCAACGGGCUUAAUUAAAAUAAUCAUACUCAAAUGCAAGUGGAGCAAAUGAAUCAAACUGUGACAAAGAGUUAUGUUUUUCUUCGGGUUGGGGUACGAGGGCUGGGGCCGGCUCCCAGAUAAAAUGAGCAUGUCUUAAAACACAUUUCUAAAUCAAAAGUAAUUGAUUAAGUCUUCCCCCAAUCAAACUGGUUAAUGGCAGCAUGGGUACACACUGAUUAUUAUUAUUUUUAAUUAUAAUUCACUUCCUUUCACCUGUGGAAAUAUUAUUUAAAUCACAAAUUAAAAAGAUAUAAUUGGUUAAGUAAGAUUAAUAGACUUAAUUUCAUGUGAAAUGGGUGGAAUUGUACGUAAAGGUAAUUACCAUUGUGACUUAUUGGGAUUUUAAAUUUUAACAAAUCAGGUUUCUCAAAGAUAUUUGGUGGAUGACAAUGGUUACCUUACUGGUAACUACUGUCAUCUCUGGUUUAGAUAUUCCUACACCUACGGUAUUAUUUAAGUACAUAUUUUAUCACUUCAAACUGUAUACUAUUUAAAGAAGAAAUGAAACACCAAACGUAAUUCUGAUAAUUUAAAGACGGUCUUUCAUACUACAAAGAUUAUUUAAAUUUUAACACUGACGGCCAAAGGAAUUUUAAAAUCCAGCCAUUUAAGUUUAAACUUAGUUGAUUACAAACACGCAAAACAUGAAAAUGACAGGGAAAGAGGAGCGGGUUACAAAACCAAUUAAAGGAAGAAUGUUCUGCAUUGCUCCUGGAUGGUCACAGUAGGAGUUUUAUAAAGUUAAAGACUGGGAGGAGAAACCUGUUCAUUUCCAUCAUUUGCCACUGACACCACCACCUGUUCUCCACCGUUGGCUAGCUGCACUCAAAAGGAAGGAUCUGUUGGAUCUGAAGAAGUUUCUAAGUAGAGCUUCAAAAUGCAAAAAGAAGAAAUGGAGCAGGAGCAAACAUUGAACUGAUUGAAUUAAGAAUGGAUUAGGGUUAAGGAAUGGUGGAGCUACUCAUCACUGAGUCCUUUUUUGACACUUCCAUUUCUGUUUUGAGGGUUUCUGGUGUUAAACUUUCGAGCACGUACACCAAUAAUCGAUGGCUCAAUCGCGAAGGCCAUUGGGUUAGUUGGUUUAAAAAUCUGCCUCAUUUUCUGACAGAUUUUUUCCCUAAACUGCAUCUUCCUCACUAACGACCAAAUCAACUAACCCAUCCGAUGAUGUAGGGAGUGACGUAAAAUAGAGAUGGCGCCACAAACCGUAUCAGAAAUGAAUUUAAAAAGACGAUUUUCUUUAAAAUGGUUGAUUUUUUUCUUUUGUUUCCACAUUUUAAUUCAGUAUUAUGUUUAAAAUAUGCGCACAUGUUCUAUGUUAGUGCCUGUUCUGUUUGUUUCACGUCCUCUUUAAUUAAUAACAUAAACCUAAUCUAAAUUCUAUACUAAUAAGCCCUUGUGGUAGAUGCAUACAAAAAAACAAACAAACAGAAUAAGUUCACAGAUUAACGUUACUGGACACAGGUGUUAAAGACCGUUAAUGUUUUUGGAGUUUUGGUCCUAUUGGCACUGCGUUGGGAAUGUUCCUAAAAAACAAAAAAACAAAGAACAAAACAAAGAUCAUGCAUUAUGUGUCCCCGCACAAAAAAAGUGUGUCCUUGUUGUAGCAAAGCCAAAUUUGAAAUAAUUAGCCCUGAGAAAGCCGUGCACCCUGUACCGACAGCGAUACCGAUACCGAAAUUUGAGACGCUAAUACACCAAAGCCAAAAAGCUUAUGUGCAUUAUGUGUCCCCCCGAAAAGUGCGUUUCUGUUGCAGCAAUGCCAAAUUUGAAAUAAUUAGCCCUGAGAAAGCUGUGCACCCCGUACUGAUGCCAAUACCGAUACCUACGCCGAUACCGAAAUUUGGGUAGGGGAAAAUACCCCAACGGCAAAAAGCUUAUUCAAAGUCAAAGGAGAAUAUGACUUGAAUUCAGAACGAUACAGCGCCCAAAGAACGGGUAAUUAUGCCGCAACGCAAUGCACACGCAUUUGCUUGAAGCAUAAUCGACCCUGCAGACGGACGCGGUAAUGCCAAAGCACAUUUGUCUUGUUUUGAUGCCAACAAGCACAGAGUGGUUCCUGACAGAUUCACCUACUAAUCAUUUUCUGGUGCCUGUCUGUCAAUGGUUUGUUUUAUGUAUAGGCGGGGGCUACGUGGGAAAAAUGGAGCCUGCAAUCGUGCAACAGAGUGAUAUGCUAGUGUGUAUACGUCAACAUGGAGCCUACUGGCAUGAAGCACUGGAGCCAAGGAUCUACCCAGGAGACAUGAAUGAUUUUGGUGCCCCAUGUUCUCACCACUUGACCAACAGGAUAAUCUACCGGAGACAUGUUGUUUCAAGAUGAAGAUUGAUACCAGCCUGACUAUGCCCCUGCUCCCAGAGGCCCUGUCCCAGGCAGGCCUUCAGUUUGCUGUAGCCACUGAGGAGGACUUUGAUGAAAUCAUGGCCAUGAGCCAGGACAUCUACGGCGGUCUUGACUAUCUUCCCACUAGAUACACCAGCUGGCUGCAGGAGACCAACCGAACAGUUAUACUGGCUCGCAAACAGGGGAAAGUGAUUGCUCUGGAGUCCGUGUGUGUGAUUGACAAUGGCGAGACAAUGUUGGUGGAAGGACUCCGUGUGGCCCCUCAGGAAAGAGGUAAGGGCGUAGCUGGAGUUCUGCUGCGCUUCUGCUCCGAACUCGUCAAAUCCAAGUACCCAGAAGUCAAAGUGACCCGCCUGACCCGUGAUGAUCAGCUUGGACCCAAGGACUUUCAGAAGUAUCGCAUCAUAACUAAGCAGGGUAUUCUGCUGGUACGCUUCAAAGCUGAAGACCUCAAGCUCCACCUGUCUGAACUUGGCCUGGGUGGAGACAUCCAAUCCCCUCUGGGCAACUCCUCCAGUCCUCCUCCAGUGCGUCUUGACCAUACAGCCAUCCACCGGCUUUAUCUGACCACUGACCUGAUGCAGGGGGUCCUUCCUAAUGCCACCAUCAUUCAGGACUGGCAGCCGUUCAAGCUUAUGCCCAGUAACAUGGCCAUACUGCUAAAGAAGGAAAUUGACUGGAUGGUGGAUGAUGUGGCCAACCCUACCGUGGCGAGCCUCUGCACCUUCCCUUUCAGGGUGCCCAUUGGAGAUGACUGGUAUUACCUGAACAUUGACAUGUUUGGUAAAGACCUGAACCUGGCUCGGCAGCAGUUCCUGUGCCACCUGCAGCGCCACACCGCCAACUUGAAAGGUCACGUGAUGUGUCAGAUCUUCCUGGACCCGCCGCUCUGGAGGCCCAUGGCAGACUUCUGCAACAAUACGUUGGGCGUGGAGCUGGUGAAAGAGUACACCGAGCAAUGUGUGGUGGAGUCGGAUGUCGUCUAGUUGCGGGCGGGGGGUGGAUGGAAAGGAGCAGAAGAAGAAGGAGGGUCAAGAAGGAAUGGACACAGUUCAAUUACACUUAACAGAAAACCACAGUCCUCUGUACUGGGGACAAAGAAACCAAGCAAACAAAAUGUAGUUUCUACUAAGCAAACGUCAAAGAAUCCAGUACAUUCUUUUUACACACACAGAUAAUUGCAGCUGCAUUGAAUCCUAAAAUGUUGAUAACUACAAAAGGUCUACAACAGGCCUUAUUGGACAAGCGUUAAGAUUCUACAAGUCAAUUGGCAUCAGAAAGGUGUUCAUACGUCACAUUUAAUGCUGUAGUUUUGAUGAUAGAAUAGAAAAGAACUUUAUUCUUGUGCCAUAUGUCACUAAAAAAUAGCUUAGGAAUAAAAAGAAUAAAGUAAAGACGAUAAAAAACAAAACACACAAACAAAAAAAAAAAUCUGUCCCCAAAAUACAAACAAAAGGGGGCGUUAAAUAAAACCUUUCGGUAACCAUGGCUCUAAUAUUGACCGAUUGAAAACACACUCAAAUGUUUGUAAUAAAUUCCACACACAAAUAGGCCCAGUCUGGAAGGGAGGGGGGCCAAGGUUUGUCAGAUCCAUUGUGAACACAUGGGAGGAUAAUUGGAUUUGUGUUGGGGUUACUAAAUCAGCGAAACACUUACGGCACUUUACUGACGCUACACAGACAGGUUAUGUUUAUAUACGUAUGAAAAGGAAUAGUUCAGGAUCAAAUAUGGGGUAAUCCACAGGUUGCAUCACCCAAACAUCGAUGGGUGAGUAUUUUAUUAGCAUUACAUUAGGAAUAUCAGCAGAGAAGCGAAGGCAAAUGGAAAAAUCAUGCAGAAAAACAUAAAAAAGCAUAAAAAAAAACAGGUACAGGCACUCAAAGGGGGGGUUGACAAGGUAAAAGGCCUUCAAUUUAAUGGACUGGAGUCAUUUUUCAGGGUGUGGAGACACAGUGAAAGUCUUUCACUGCUUUUCUUUCUGCAUGAUUUUUCCAUUUCCCUUUCCAGUGUUCCGUUGGUGGUUUGAGGGACACCAGUGGCGCUCCAGCCAUUUUUCUUUUCUUUUCAUGAGCAAAGAAGUAUCCAAAUUCACGGCAAAAUCACAAAUGUCCAAACAGUUUCUCCCUGUGUGUCUGAGUAUACACAGACUAUAGUUGUUAAAGACCAGUGUAACGAUAAGUUUUGGCCAUUUUACAGCAAACUAAUUUCCAGUUUAUCGUCUAAACGUGAACAAAAACUAUUGUGAACCAUGACCACGGAUUAUAUUGGUUUCUGAAGACUUCACAGCUCCAGGCGGCGGUUUAAUCUGUAAACUUUCGGUCCAUCUGGAUAGUUGGAUUCUUUCCUCUGUGUGCAGUGCUCUGCUGGAGGGAUUCUUUGUAUUUUUUUUUUUUAAAUAGUUCUCAUGAUGGCAGUGAAAGUAAGGAAUCUGUAAUUACUUUGACGAUCCUCCGACUUUUCAUCUUCUUGUGCUAUGAUUAGAUUAAUAUAGGUUUGUCUAAACUAAUGAAAUUUCCACCUCAGUUGUAAUUGUCCUGUUUAGUGCUAUAACUAACAGAUGUUCUCAUGUUAACCUGCUAAACUAAGCUGGCAGCAGCGGUAGAUCUCCUCUCUUAGAUUAGUGCCCGUGGCAUAAGCACAAUAUCUGGCUCCAUUUAAACUUACCUUACCGCGUUCUCUUGAUUUUCUAGGUUUUUGCUCAUUUUUCUGAUCCACACUGCCUUCGCACCUCUUCAGGAUGAGCCUUUUGAAAACAUUGCAGCUUUAAAGAAUUGUCCCUUUGUGCCCACAACCUGUAGAAUUAGGCACUGGGGCGGUUUGCAGCACAGGCCGAACAGCGGUGUUUUUUCCUGGCAAUGCCGACUGCUUCUAGGCAGGUGGAAUAUCACAUCUCUGGCCACAUUUAGGCAUAGCAUGGUUUCUGGAAUAAAUCUCCUGGAGAGGGGCUGGAAUCUCUUCUUUUGCCCAGAGUUGCCUAGAGUGGUAUUUUGUUGUUGGAUUUCUGUCCCAGCAGUGGUCCAUGAUUGUACUUGGUACCAGAGCACCUCAGGCCAAAGAUAGAUUUCAACUCUGAAUUUGAUCCAUUUACAUAGCGACAAUCUAGAUUGUCUCAAGAUGCUUUACAGAAGCCCCCAAAGCGAGCACUAAGGUGUUGGUGGUGGCAAGAUGGUCGCUGACAUGGUUCAACCCAGGUGGAUGGACCGAAACAAAAACUGGCCAAUGGGACAGAAGAGAGUAGGAGGGGAGUAGGAGAAGAAAGCAGCAGAAGCAGCUAGAAGCAUUCAUACAUGCAGCUGAAUAAUCAAAUCUAAAUAAGUCAAUUUACCAUGUAUAUACUGUACACAGAAAAGAAAUGAGUUCUUGGUGUGCAACCUGUCUAAGUUUGCACACUUGGAGCUGUGGGCAGCUAUGCAAGGCACCUGGGGAGCAGGUUUGGGGAUUUAUGGCGUGGUCAUAGGGGGUUACCUGCUGCUUAUCCAACCCCUAGUAAGUGAUGCAUGCUAUCAGUAUAUGGAAUACAUGAAUAGAUGGAGCCAGCAUUCAGAGUAUUCACUGUAGAAAAGCUUUGACAUGUGCUAGUGCAUAAGGCUACUGAAUUAACGAGAGCACAGGGACAUUGAAACAAGGUCAGUGAGUUUCCUGGUAUGAUGUAAAUAUGGUCGGGCAAAUUAUGCAAAACAUUUAGGUAGGAAUCGGUAAGUGUUAGCAGUGAACACUUGGCAGGUUUUAGGGGUUGGGACCAAAAAGGAGAAACAUGUCCCUGUGCAGGUCCAGAUCCAGAGACACUCAUAGCAAGUUGUCGUACAGUAGUAGGACAUGAAUGCAUAUGGUGUAAGAGAGAGAAGGGUAGAGGAUGGGUGCUCAGUGCAUCAUCGGAAGCUCCCAAGAGGCCUAGACUUAUAGGAGCUUGGCUGAGGAAGGGUCCAGAGUCACUGGGCCUAACUACAGAAAGGUAGCCUGAUAGCUAAAGGUUUGGUUGUCCCUUUCUGCUUGGCCUUUAAGCCUUUGCAGUAUUUGAAUUACCAUAACUCACCAAUGGACAAAAUCCAUUCUGAACACUGGGAAGUUGCACUUUCUGGAAAAAGAAGCUGCCAUUACGGUAAUGAUGACGCAAGACCGGGGAGACCCAGAAAGAAAGAGUUGUUUGGAUGAAUUUGUUGGUAAAAACGAAGCUAGUUAUACCCUUGAGUUGUCACGAAGGUCUUCCAGGCAAAAGCGCAACUUCCCAGUGUUCAGCCACAUGUUGAAGUUUCUCAAUAGUGUAAACCACUGUGAGUUACAGCAAUUCAGAAACCAUGGUUUUAUGGGGAGCCAAUGAAGAGACAUUGAAGAGAGAUGAUAACCGCAUCUUUCUUGCCAUUUCCCACACAUCCGAUGGUCGUACUGUAAUGUCUUGGACACUGUGGUGAAUAGAGGUGUGGUGGGUCAGACCUGGUUAACCCCUUAUCUGUAGUGAAGGCCUCUGUCUGGUCUUCAACUCACAAGGGGGCCAUGGACUCCAGUUGGACCAGUUUCAAAUCCUGUUUUGCAGAAAUGACUGGCAGGAGCUAUGGUGUAAAGGUCAUUGCUCCCUAACAACCCACCAGUCAACACCGGACCUGAAGGAGGUAGGGAGAGAUUUUCAGAUGCCAUUCAAGUGGUACUGGCAAAUAGUGCAGGAACUCAGGUUUAGAUUGUGUUUAGAAGCAGACCUGGAAUGGCCUGAUGCUGGGAAGCUUUGAGGAACAUCUGAACACAGCCACCAGGUCUCAAAAAGAAGUCUCACCUAUGUUCCUGGCAGAUGUUGCGGAGGUUGUCAAGGAGAAGCUCCUUGGCGACUUGCGACAUUGUUGGGAUGCUUCACUGUUGCAUGGAAGUCAUUGAGGGUGAUGUUUAGACCGAAAAAUCUGGAUGCUCGGAUUAUUUGCUAAAUGGAAAAGAGGCUCAGGAGAAACAGUGCAGAUUCAAUCAUGGAUGUGGACAGUUAACCCCGAUGGCAUCGUCAGACCAGGAAUCAGUGACCUGGAUGAGAGAGUAAACACCUCCAGGUCCUAGGUCAUAGUCCUGUGCUGUAAAAAAAAAAGUGGUUUGCAAAGGCAGUUCGGGUAUCUUCGGAUGUUGUUCGUGUAAAAAUGGUAGCGUACGAGUGUCUGAGGGCUUGUUGAAGGGGAAGCUGAGCUUUAAGGCGAAGCUUUCGUUCGAUACUGACCCACGUCUUCUAUUACAUCUUGGAAUAGCAGAAUAAACAGGUAUCGUAGGCGUAGAGUGAAGGGAUACCAUGCAUUAGUCCGUAAAUGGCAUUGUUAGAGCUGAGUAAGAUCUGUGAAUCCCAUCAGGACUAAAACCUUCCACACUUCUGUAGCGAUGAAAUGCCCCAGUUGCAUUAGGAGCAUCUGCACUCUUUAUAUUAUAUAAUCCUCCCUUUAAAUGUACAUGUAAAGAGUGUUUUAGGUUCCUGUCUGACUCAGAGAGACCUAUAGGUUGUAACCAAAGAAAGUCACCUCUCAUCUAUUCUGUUUUCCCAACUCCAGAGUAAGAGACAUCCGGGAGCCAUCCCCGGUUAGGUACAUGAGCAACGCUGUCUAAUUACACGAGUGCACGGUCAGUCUGUUAGGUAGCGGUGCGCUCUACUUCCUUAUAUAUGCACUUCCUCUACACCUGCACACACACUAUGACAGGAAUGUGACGGUUGAUGAGACACUGCAACGAAAUUUGGCCGAACCGCGAGAACUUAUUGCAUCAAACUGCAUCGGGACCUAGCCCUUACGUUUGUACCUGUGGCUUUUUUUUGUGAAGAUCCAAUCCUGGAAAGUGAACAGAUACAAACAACUAACGACUCUUCUUUUUUUUCUGUCGUGUUUAAUGAUAUAUUAUGAUAAGUUCUGUUUUAAUAGCUCUAGUACAUCAUACGCGCCGGUCGUACCUACGCGACUGGAUUUUAAAUACUUUUAUGGCAUUUAUUUGUUAACGGUACAACGUUGAUACUUAAAAUUUGCAGCUCCACACGUCUGCAUUUGAUGGUAAAGUGUCGAGUACGAGAGAUUAUGACAUUAACAAUAACUCUCCUGUUUACAUAAGUGUAUAUUUUUUAGCUUCUAACUCAGUGACGUUUCUAUGUGUUUUAGGUUUUAGUGAAUCGAGAAAGGUUCGAUAAGAUCUGUAGUUUUGAACAUUUCCAUCGGGCAAAUAGUUUUAUCAAUUAAAUAUUUAACUUAUUUCUUUUGUUUUUUGUUUUUUCCUUCACGUUAUCUAAUUUUAUGAAAACGGUUGCUAAGGCGUCUUUUUCGGCAGUACAACACAAUUAGGAAGCGACGCGCAAAUUGCCUUCCCACAUUCCUUUGCCUUGUAGAUGAUCUGAUUACACACAGUAUAGGAGAGUGGCAAAUGUUCUCUCUAAAAAAAUAAAUAAAAUUUUAAAAAAUUGCUCAAGUGAAAAUAAAUAGUUUGAAUUUGGCCUGAAACACUUUGACCUUUUGUAUAAAAUAAUAAUAAUAAAAAAAAAUAAAAUAAAGGUGCAGUCAAGCAAAGGUUUAACUGUUUCUUGCAAUAAGUUAAUUGUCCUCUGCUCCUCAACCCUCAGAUAUAUAUUUAGGAUCUGGGAAUUUAGGAAUUUAGUUUGACUUUCACCUUAAGGAGUUGCUCUAUUGGCAAAUAAAAAUAACCCUUCGUAUAGCUCUGUGAUAGGCUUUUUUUAUUUUAUUUUUGGCAAGAACAAUGUUCAGAUUUUGCAUGACAGCUCAGUGUAUCCCCGUAGAGAUUUAGGAUUAAUGGACCUGCAAAGAGUUUAGCUUCUAAUAAAAAAAUAAAAGGGCAUGUAUAAUAUAAACGGCUACGAUACAGCUGACAGGAUGUAUUUGAUGAUGAGGGAAUAAUAAUAAAAGAAACACAAAAACGUUUUAUUAACAACUAAAAGAAAGCAUGUCUUUAGCACCCUCAAUAAUCAGCCUUGAAGUUUUUUAUUUUUUUUUUGUUUUCCAAAGUUUCCUGAUAGCUGCAUGUCUGUGCUUACUCCAGACUUGUGUACACAGUAUAUAGCGCACAAAUACACGGUAGUUCCUCUUUAUUUUAUGCAAAGUAUUUUUUCACUGAAUGUGGAUGAAUAGUGUGUGCUUGAGGGAAUCUCAGAAGAAGAAGAAGUGCCAAAUUUCCUGCUGAUGCAAACAUCGGAAAAUAUCCACGACAGCAGCACAUUUUGAGUUAAUUUUAAGUUUUAACCGUAGACUGUAUAUGAAUAUGGAUGACGCGGCUCCACUUCCUCUAAUUGGCUAAACUGAUACUAUUUUCCUGGGGAUACGGGCGUCAUCUUGACACUUUGGAGUCUGAUCAGUACGGUCAGAGGGCGGAGCUAUCAGAGAUAUCGAUGCCCCGCCUACAGUCCUCCAGAUUCACAAUGCCCCACCCACACAACCUCAGACUCACGAUGCCCCGCCCACACUUCCGCCAGACUCACUAUGCCCCGCCCACACUUCCUCAGGCUCUUAAUGCCCCGCCCACAUUUCCUACAGACUCAUGAUGCCCCGCCAACACUUCCCUCAGACUCACUUGUGUUUUUGUUUAAUUAAUACUAACUCUGCUCUACCUCCACCAGUUACAAGGAAAUGUUGAAUUAUACACUGUACCUAUUUUUGUAAAUAGUAUUUUAGAACAAAGCAGUUGGAAUGGCAACUGGUGGUCACAUCCUCUUUCUAUUGCAUCAAAUAACAAACUAAAACCAAACUUACCCCGAAAAACUGUAUAAUUUGGCCCAAGUCCCAUCCACUAACAUGGAGGAGGUGGAGCUUAUGACCUAUACUGCAGCCUCCAGCCACCAGGGGGAGCUCUGCUUGCUUUAGCUUCACUUUAAAGGAGUUUUUUCUCGUCCAUAUUUACUCACAGUCUAUGGUUUUUACUCACAAUAUGAGCAUUAGUAUUCAAGUUAAAUGUGUGUUGUUGUUGUUGUUGUUUUAUUUUUUUUUUACCCAGCUGCCCCCAUAGCUCACAAGAGAAAACAUAAAAAAAAAAAAAAAAGUCCAAGGUGAAGUCAUCGGUGGUUGAAUGCUAUAUAAGUGUAUCCUUGAAAUUGGGUUUUUUUUUCUUUUUUUUGGCACUUUGAAAAAAAGAAAAUGUGAUGAUUGUAUACUUGGUAUACGAGCGAAUAAAUUGCAAACAAAUGUCGGGAUUCUGCUGCAAAUCCUUUAGGGAUAGGUUAUUAUAUUAAAUGUAUGUUUUAUGAACUACUGUACAAGCCAUUAAGCCAGCAGCAUGCACUUUAGUUGUCCUUGGCAAUAACAGACACGCUUCCAUCUCCUGUAAAGUAGCAUCAACAUCAGAGAAAAAAAAACAAAGUGUUCUCAGCUCCGUCAAGUUUGAGAAAAGUUCAUCCGAAAACUGGACCAUUUCACAAAGAGCUUUUUUUUUUGUUGUUGUUCUUCAGUAUACAGUAGGGAUUAAAUACCAGGCUAUAUUUUAUUCUCUGAAACUAGUAAUAGAUUAAGAAGUGAAAUGGCUGUGUACUGACAGAGGGAGGCAGGUUCGAGUUAGCUAGCGUGGAUACGUAAUUCCACUCUUUGAGACUUUCUACUUUUACUUUUCUGGGGGAACCCUUGUCCUUUCUAAUCCGCCUCAUUAACAGCUGUAGUAACUAGUUCCCUCGAAGACUAGCCUCGUUACAUUCAAAAUAUAAAUGCACUGCGAGAGUUCAUACUAGUCGGUGUGAUAAUAGAAAAUGUGUGUGUGUGUGUGUACGUUAAAUGUUUUCUCUGUGCUCCAUUUGUAGUAACUGUUUUGUCACGGCCUGGGACCCUCCAGGCGUGGGGACGUGAACAAACCUUCCUCAUUUGUUGUACUUAAAGUAAAGACAAGUAACGAGUGUGUGCUUUCUUUCAUCUCAUUUCUCUCCUUUUUCUAGAAUUCAUUUUUUUGGGGGGUUUGGGGGAUUUCUCAAAAUGAUCUCCUUGUGUUUAAUGGAACAGUGUUUUGAGGGUAAAGGGGUUGGGGGUGUGGUUAGCGUAGCUUAGCAUAUACACUGCAGACAUGUGGUAAAAAAAAAGAAAAAGAUUUGGGGUUUGAGGAAAAAGUUAUGUGCUAGAACACAAGUACCUACAUACAGAGUAGACUGCAUGUUCGGCUGUAGGUAGGGUUGGUUUUUGGGGUGAUUGGACAAAAACGUGAACCUCACACGACGGUUUGAGUAUAAGUCGUUCUAGCACAUAAACCUUUGGCUUUUUCCGCUAUUCUGAUAUUUAAACGUUGGCACCACCUGGAGCUCAAAUUAGCUUCUCCCGAAACCUUUCGCCAACCAGGUCAAAUUUGAUCCGGAUGCUUCUGCGUCACAUUAUUUGAUAUAAAUGUAGUUUCCUACCCAUGGAUUCUGCAAGGAGGUGUGCAAUAUAUACGCCGAUCAGCCACAACAUUAAAACCACUGACAGGAAAAAAUGAAUAAUGUUGAUCGUUUUGUGAUAGUUCGGUGUGGAAAACUUUCGGACCUGGAAUUCCUUCGUGUGGGUUACUGGUUAUUUAGACACGUAGCACCCACCUAGACCAGAUCAGACACCCCCCACCCCAUAGCAAUAGUACUACUUGAUGUCAGCAGCCAACAAAAAACACCUUAUAAGCAACCAAAGAAGGUGCCCAUCUGGCCUCCAAUUUCACUAGAUCCCACACUGAUCAAGUAUCUAUGGGAUGAUCCACUGUAGAGGCCUCUCCCGUCAACCCAUAAAACAUAAAAAUUCCACCCUUGAAAGGCCUUUGUCCAUUCUCUGUUGAGCCACAACUGUUUUGGAGGCGUAAAGGAGACCUAGACAAUAUUAGGAAGGUGGUCAUAAUGUUAUGCCUGAUCGGUGGAUUGCAAUUAGUUGAGAAGAAGUUGUUUCUAGGCUUCACAGACUGUAAAACAGAUGUGGUCAGAUUUCACCUGGGAGGCCGAGAGUCAGCGUCAGGUCUAAGAACGUUAGCGUAGCCUAGCAUAAAAACUAUUAAUUUCUCCAAACUGUUGAAUUAUCAGCACCAACAUAAACGCAUCCUUGAGCACUUGUUUGACUCUCCUCUAGAUCCUUCAAACUGGUUUUAUCCUACGGUACCAGCGGCUGCCUCUGCGCCACCUCGUCAUAGUUUUCCAUUCCCACCAUUUGAUAUAUUAAAAGUAUUUUUGUAGCACGACCCUAAGAUUGUUAACAGAAGACUUGUACAAAAUACUUUCAUAAGUGCAUCGAUUAAUUGGAAGUCAUCGAGAAACCGGUUUCAGGUGUCCUCUACACAAACACAAAUGACACAUUCUUAUAUUUAUACAACCGUUAAACAACAGUUUGAACCCGGAUAAAACAGAGAGUUUAACGAAUAUUUUCAAAAUUAAAUAAAGAAGGAAUUUAGAUCAAUCCAAUGGAACAAGUAAACUGACCUACAGUCGUAAAAAAUACUGUGUAAGUAAGAAAAUAUCAGUAUGAAACAGUCGGGUUUAUUUGGGAUUGAAUCCAUUUGUACUUGUAAAGAACUUUUCUCUGAACCAGUUUGAUUGUUGAAGCUUUUCUUAUUAAACAUGGUUUGAUUUUAAAUAAAUUAGAAAUAUACUUGCACAUAAACCUCAAACAGUAGUGAAGUCCCCGUCUUGAACUAUUACUGGGUCAUGACUACAGCCGCCUUUUCUAUAGUCUGGCUUUUAUUAGGGGGCGGGGGGCAUAGACUGUAUAUAAAUAUGAACGCCAUGUCCACUCUUGCUCUCAUUAGCGAAACUGACGCUAUUUUCCCGAGGAUACGGGCGGGCGCCAUUUUCUGACUUUGGAGCCAGAGUCUGAUCAGUACUGUCUGGGGGCGGGGCUACAAUAUCGAUGCCCCGCCCACACUUCCUUCACACUCACUCGUGUUUUCAUUUAAUUAAUACUACGAUCUACCUCCACCAGUUACAAGGAAAUGUUGAAUUAUACUCUGGCUACUACUGGUGGUCGCCAUUAUGUCACAUCCUGUUUCUAUAACGUCAUAUAAGUAACUAAAACGAAACUUAUCCAAAUAAAAAAAAACUACAUCUGAACAUGCGUCAAAAAUAUAUUAGCUACCUAAAAUGACAAACUAUCCUUGAAAAAGGAUUAUUUGGUAUUUUAGUGUUUUAGACCCGCCCACUAACAUAGAGGGGGUGGAGCUUAUGACAUUUAAUGCAGCCACCAGGGGGAGCUCUACACUUCUAUUUUUAAAUAUUCUCUUCCAUGGUAUAGAAAAUGACUAGAAGCCGUUUAACCAACGAAAAAUAAUAUUCUGGAUAGCUGACCUGAGAGGAAUAAUAUAAAAGAGGAAAAUAAUAUAUAGAGAGUUCUUCUACAGACAAAAUUAACUUAACGUGACAGUAACAGGAACCAGGGUUUUUUACAAGUUGAUCACAAAUCAGUUUUAAUCUGAACUGAUCUUCAGUAUUAAUUCAGACCAACGUUUCCAGAACCUGUCAAUUCUCAUUCCCUGUACAUAUAUUUUGUAUUAAAUCAUCCCAGUUCUCCACUAAA